CUCCCUCUCUCUGCGGAAGUGACCCCCCGAGGCAGGGCAGGGCGUGCGCGCGGAACUGAGCCUGCAGUAUAAAACUCUCGGCAACUUCCUCGUGCUCACUUUUGCAUCGCAGCAGCUUUGCUUAAAGUCACCAGGAGGAUCCGAGCACAGCUCCAAAAACAAAAGCAGAGUGAAAGAUGAGUUGGGACAGCUACAUCCAGAGUCUGAUCAAGAGCGAGUGGCUGGACGACGCCGUCAUCAUCGGGCACACGCCGGGACAGGAGUCAGUGUGGGCGGCAGCACCGGGCGGCUGGCUGAGCGGGGUCACGGCAGCGGAGGUGAAGGCACUCAUAGCAAAUGACCGUAGCAGUUUAUUUGCUAAUGGAGUGACCUUAGCAGGCAAGAAGUGCACAGUGCUGAGAGACGCCCUUAACGUGGAUGGACAGAACACCAUGGACGUGAAAAUGAAGACCUCAGAUAAAGACCCUGAUCCCUUUCCCUUCACUAUUGGCAAAGCAAAUAAAGCUCUGGUCAUAGCUAAAGGAGUGAAAGAUGCUCAUGGAGGAAAGGUCAAUCCUCCCGUCUACGAUAUGACUGCUUACCUCCGGAAGAUGAAUCUCUGAACCUCCAUACACCUCUUCCUCUCUCUCUCAGACACACACACACACACACACACACACACACACACACACACAUAUCCAGGCAACUCCAGCAGGGUGUUCUCAGUGAAUCUGGAGAACAUGCUGCAUGUGAUGGAUCGAUUCAGCACCUGUCAAUUUGAUUGGUUGAUUGAUGGUACUCAUUGAGGAAUGGGCGGAGCUUCAUCUCAGGCAUCUGUUUAUUAGAUUUUUUUUGUUAGUUUAUUAUUUUGAUGCUGAACCGAACAAAUGUUCAAAUGUUAGCCCAAUAAAGAUAACAAAGUUUAUUCUGA